AUAGUGACGACCUGGGUGGGAGGGCUUCUAUAGUUGACUGAAUGCAUUUGUUUUAAAUAUUCAAUAUGGCUGACGGAGGAGUAAUGAGCCAAUAUGAAAGUUCAGGACCAGACUCGAUAAUCAACCUGUCAGUGUCCAGUAAAAGCACCAUGGAGAACGGGGACUUAGUCAAAGGCGUGCUGACCAAUGGCCGGGACUCUCAGAAGCAGACUGUCAUGUCCCACACCAACGCACAGUCACAGGCUCUGCUGCAACAGUUGACCUUGUCUCCAGCGCAGCAGCAGCUGUUUCUCCAGCAGGCUCAGGCCCAGCUCCUUGCAGCAGCCGUUCAGCAGCACUCCGCCAGCCAGGCCCAGAACAGCAGCACCACGGGGGCCGCCAUCUCUGCCUCCGCAGCCACCCCCAUCACCACCCAACUACCACUGUCCCAGCCUAUACACAUCACUCCUCUCCAGCAGCAGGGCCUGCAGCAGUUUGUGUUGGUCCAGCCAGGUCAUUCCAUGGCCACCCAGCUACAGCCUCAGUUCUUCAUCUCCCAGACUCCACAGGGACAGCCCAGUAUGUUUCAGUAUCAUAAUCUUUUGCAAGCCCAAAAUCUUCUCACUCAACUACCUCAGAGCCAAGCCAACCUCCUACAGACUCCAACUAUCACAAUUGCCCCACAGCCGGCCACUCCCACGCGGACCGUAACUGCCACCCCUGGCCAGCUCCUCAUCCACAGCCAGACCCCGCCCCCUAAGGGUCUGGGCACGCCCACUCUGGAGGAUGCCAAUGAUCUGGAGGAGCUGGAGAUUUUCUCCAAGGCCUUCAAACAGAGGAGGAUCAGACUGGGCUUCACACAGGGUGACGUGGGGCUGGCCAUGGGGAAGCUGUAUGGUAAUGACUUCAGCCAGACCACCAUCUCCCGCUUUGAAGCACUCAACCUGAGCUUCAAGAACAUGUGUAAGCUGAAACCGCUGCUGGAGAAGUGGCUCAACGACGCAGAGAAUGUGAGCUCAGAGUCCAGCCCCAGCCUCAGUCCCCUGGGCUCUGGUCACGGGUCACCCAGCCUGGCGUCUGACCUCAAUAGCCGGCGCCGCAAGAAGAGGACCAGCAUCGACACCAACAUCCGUGUGGCCCUGGAGAAGAGCUUCCUCCAGCAAAACCAGAAGCCGUCGUCAGACGAGAUCUCCCUGAUAGCAGACCAGCUGAACAUGGAGAAGGAGGUGAUCCGGGUGUGGUUCUGUAACCGCCGGCAGAAGGAGAAGAGGAUCAACCCUCCCAGCAGCUCAGCUUUCCAGAAGUCCAUCUUCUCGUCCCCUACUACUGCCAGCCUGGUGAACACUGUACCCCAGACCACUGUGACUGUCACCCCCUCUCUGCCUGUCACCAGCUUCAGCCUCACAGACAGGACCCUAGUGCCAGCCACCGGCAACACAGCAUCCGUCAUCUCCAGUACCCCUACAGUCCCCUCUAUGUCCCUCACACCCUCCUCCUCCGUGACAACCAUGUCACAGCCAGCCGUUACCAUGACGCAGGCGGGGCAGAUGCUCUACAGCAACGGCGGGGGUCUGGCUGCAAUGGCAGCUGCAGCGGCGGGAAUCAGCCCGGGUCUCAUGUCUUCAUCGCAGUUCAACACAGGGGGGGCCUUACUGAACCUAACUACUGCAGGUUUUGGAGGAGCGCUAGCCACCAUCCAAGGUGUGUUGAGUGCUCUGGCCUCCAGCGGGUCCUUCCCCAUCACCACCCUGGACGGGAACGGGAACCUGCUAUUUGCCAACACCAGCAUGUCUGGCUCCGCCCCCAGCAUGGUGAACACGCCACUCUUCCUGAACCCCCAGAGCCUGUCCUUAUUGGGUAGUAACCCUGUCAGCUUCAUCCCUGCCAGUGCCCUCAGCCUGCAACUCACCGCUGGCACCAACCCCAUCACCACGGCAACCACACCAGUCAACACCAUCGUCAGAGCCUCUAAGGCCCAAUGAAUGAACUCGCGGGGUGGAUCGCUCCCCAUUUCUUCCUCUUCAUUGGUCGUUAUUUAAUCUUUGUUCUUUUUGCUACCACCAAAAAGUUGUUGUUGGAAAAAUAUUCUUAAGAUGUUUUCCUCCCUAUCUCUGCCACAAGGGGUCCUAACGGUCCUUUCAAAGAUUGAUUGAGAUUUGGCAAUAGAAUCUCUUUUUCCUCAGAACCGCUUCUAAAACCAAAAAUGUGCGUUUGAUUUUAUUUUGCUGAGUAUUGAAUGAAACUGACAUGGUUGAACUUUCUAGAGAGAUUUCAUGAUGAUCUGUGUGUUAGGUUCUCUAAUUUUAAGUUUUACUUGAGGGCGUGUUGUACAGGCCUGGACCGUUGACAUCAGAUUUACAACUAAAGAUUCGAUUUCUCUGCUUGUUUUUCCAUGUUACCUAAAAUGUUCUUUGUGCGGUUAGUUGUGUGCUCUGAUAUUUGCCGUUUGUACAUUUUUCAAAACUUUUAUUAAAAGUUUUGUUGCUUUAACAUGUUUUUCAACAUAGUUCCAACUCUUUAAAAAGAAUCGCUAGGCCGUGAGAGAGCCUGGGUGCAGACUUGCUAUGGAAGAGCUUUACUGCAGUCUCUGGGAAGAGUUACAAACAGCGGACUUCAAGGGAACUUGGAAUGUCCUUUAUCCAACCAAAAAAUCUUAGUGUACUAGACUUAGCUCUAUAUUAUCACCCUAGUGUAAUGUAGCAUAGGGAUUUAUCUCAUGGACCUCUCCAGAGCGGGAGAGAUUCAUGCAAUAUUUUGAAGGGGACUUUCCAAAGACUAACAAAGAUGUUUCUCUCUGAUAUUCUCCUCCCUUAUGCCGAGGUCUAUAGAAGACAGGUAGGAUACCAAAAAGAGUGUCUGGAGAAGGUAGGGUAAGGUGUCAGUAGUAUAGUGGAGUUGCAUGGCCCAUACUGAAUCUGCCUUGGAUUACAGGAGUUCAAGAAGGUAUUUACAAGAGUAAUGAUCUUGAAGUAAUUCUCAGGACAGCCAUUUCCCAGUGAGUCACUGCAUGUACAAGUUAAAGGAGAUUGUCCAGGUCUGGCCUUCUCUGAGCUUAUUCUUUCUCGUAAGACCAAUAUGCUGCCACUAGAGCCCCGGGUACUGCAAUCAGUACUGACUCAACAUAAUAUAUUGAAAUACCUCAGCAGCAAGAAAACAAUAUAUAUAUAUAUAUAUAUAUAUAUAGUCAAGCAAAACUGAAACCAUAAAUUCUAAGAAUGUAGAAAUGUUUACCUGUUUUUUUUUUUUGUAGCUUUGCUGUACGUUUGAAACGGUGACGACAGCAGAGAAUCAUAUCUUGAUACACAACAUGAGCUGACUCCACAUGCACUGUAACUGCAGUGUCCAGUACUACUGCUAUUAUUAUGUCAUAUAGUCACCCAAAUGGUACUUUAUUCUUGUCUGAUCCUACAUACCAAAGCAUUAGCGUUUUCAUUUUGUAGCUGGUUUGAUGGGUAGAUCUUCUUUUCUUGGUGGUGUGUGUUUUGUUCUGGGGGUUUCCUGCAAAGCCUUAUGGGAAAUGUAGUAUCUCUGCUUGAGUCUUUGUUGUGGGUUUGCUCUGCUAUAUUGAGAAGUUUUUGAAAUAUGUAUCCGAGGGCCAUUUUUACUUUACGUCUAGCGCUCGAUAUUCACAUGCAAGUAAUAUAUAUACAUGAAAUAUUCCUGUUUUCUAUCUGAACUAGUAGGUUCUUGUAAUUGAAUGUAGUGCAUUAUCUUUAACAUCCUCUGUAGGAUAGAAAUGUUUAAGUGUGACUCUGGACCAAAGUAAACCACAGGGUGUGGACUGAUCCGUUUCUGGCCUGUUGACUUGCAGUUUAAUGAUUUGAUUUGACAAUUUAAAAUCCAUGAUUUUUUUGUUUGACCUGGCAACAGAUACACAAAGUCCAAAUGCUUGUUUCCAUUAUGGUCCUCUUGUAACUAAGGAAAUGUACUGCGUUCUGUUUUUUACUUUUGUGUUGUGUGCUGUUUUAUCAAAAAUGUAAAGCCAGAAGUUUUCACAAUG